UGAAUCAAAUGUACAACAAAAAAUAAGGCUAUUCUGUUAUAUUUUCUGAAAUCAGUCAAGCGAGUGUAGCACACGUUUGUUUCCAGGUGGGAGGGAAGGAGGAGUCAAACACCUCCUGAUCUUGGAGCACUCGUGAACGUAGAAGAGAACUGAACUUUCGUCGCCUUGAAGUAUAGAUGGAAGAAGAUCGAGCAUGGUUAUGUAAAGGGGAACCGGAGGAGCUUUAAAGAAGGACCGGGGCCAAGAGCUCCGUCUGAGCUGCUGCACUUCACCAAGUCUGGACUUGCUUUCCCAAUCCAGGCAGCUUUAUUACGCAGAUGGCACAGCAGGAAGAGCCUCUGUAUGAUUUCCCAGAGCCCACCAAGCCCUCACAGCAGAAGUUCUCGGGGCAUCAAAGGGGAGGAGGAUCUCUGAGGAGUGUCAGUGUGCUGGACCGUCUCCUACUCACUAUUCCUGUCUGGCUUCAGCUGUCAAUCAAUCCUGCCACAGCACUGCACAUACUGCAGAGGGAGCCUCCUGGGACCUUCCUGGUUCGCAAGUCUCGAACAUCUCAAAGGAACGUGCUGUGUGUCCGUUUGGCGGAUGAUAGCAGACCCUCCUUUGUCCAGCAGAUUGGCAUCAGGGAGGAGCGCGCCAGUAAAACUUUGUGUCUGGAGACUUCAGCAAUCAGCUUUCCAGAUCUCCCAAGAUUGAUUUCCUUUUACUGUGUCAGCAGAGAUGUGCUGCCCUUCCCUCUGGAGCUUCCUGAAGCCAUUGCAAAGGCAUCAUCCCACAAAGAGCUCGAGUCCAUCUCACACAUGGGAGUCGAAUUCUGGAAUUCCCACUUAAAUGUCCGUGGGCCUCGGGGGCCUCCAAAGCCUCAGGAGGACCCGGAGAAGAAGCCUGACCCUAAAACCUCCGCCCCUCUCACUGCUGCCCCACAGUCAAGCCCGGCAGUUACACCUGACUCAGCUCCCCAGCCUGACUCAGACCCCCAGAUGAAGACAACUACAGAAUCAGACCCCAAACCAGAUGGUCCUGGUUCCACUCUGUUCCAGGAGUUUUGUCCAAUCACGACACGCAGCCCCAGAGAGCUGGACUGUGGCUCUGGCCUGGGCGCUCUCUGUUUCAUCAACCCUCUUUUCCUGCAGUCCCAGAACGCUCUGUGCAGAAGGCAUAUGUUCAAACGGAGCCAUAAAGUCCGGCUUUCAACAGAGACAACCUCUCUGCUGUCACCCCCGCUUACUCCUCCUCCUCCACCUCCUCUAAUGCCCAAAACCAGAGGAAGAUGUAAAGCCAAAAAACAUGCAACACAUCCUAGUAAAGGCCCAAAUCAAGCCCCUCAGAUUGAUCCCAUAGUUCAGGACACCCCCGCUCCUCUCUUCCAGCCUGACAUGCAGGUAGAGGAGGAGGCUACAGCUCAGGUACCAACAGUUAUGGAGCAUCUCUCAGAGUACUCAGACUACAUGCCGCUCUCCCCAAAGAUCACGUCCUCCCUUACUCCGUCACUCUCUCCGUACCACUCCCUAUCUGUUUCUCCCAUGGUACCUUCUAUUUUCCCCAAAGUAUCACGGUCCUUCUCUCCUCAUGACUCGCCCGGUGCUUCUCCCUCUCUCUCUCCUUAUCAAUCCCCGUCUCUUUCUCCCAAAGCUCUUUCUUCCCUCUCCCCAUAUGAGUCACCGAGCUCUUCUCCCUCCACGUCGCCUUCUCCUCAAGCCCUCUUCUCACUCUCUCCUUUUACCUCGCCGUUCUUCGAUGAGCUGUCAGAGCAGGUCUACCACACACCCGCAUCUUCUCCAAGACCAGAUCAACUAAGGCCGGAGAGAGAGGCUGAGGUGGAAGGAACAAGUGUGGAUGCAAAGAAGACAAAUGAGGAAUUAAACAGAAAUACAGAAGAGGAGGGUCUGGUUUUACAGAUGAGUGCUGCGGCUAUAAAUGACAACAAUUGCAGCUCCUCCAGCAGUCUUGAGGAGGCGGCAGAGGAGUCAUUCUCACAAGCAGGAUGAUGGUACAAGCCUCUAUAGCGAACAAACAUUAAGGGCGCACUCACACUAGCAAAUUUGUCAGUGUUUAAGCAUGAUUGCCCCCGCUGGCCUGCGCUCUCACUGCUCCAGGACUAACCGGGCCUGAGCACAGUUACCUCUUGUUCAUAUGGUCAUAAUGCAGCACAUGCAUGGCUUAAGGUAUGAUUAUGAGGCGUGCUUAUUUUACAAGACAGGCGGACUCGCCUAGUGUGAGUGUGCCCUAAGAUUUCACAUACAUGUGAUAUUAUGCACAGUGUAGAUUUACUAAGUGUUGACAGUAUACUAAGGUUUCACUUGAAUAUGUUUUGAAAUUGUGACAGAUGUUUGGAUAAAAUGUUUUACUAAAGAAUUUUAAAGACGA